AACAACCCUAUUGUCAUUUCCGAGAUAGGCUGUCAAUAGAAGCCUUCCUACACUAUAUCCUUCACUCUGUGCUAUAGCGCUGAGUUUUCUAGAGGAGCAUCUGGUCUACUGCUUCCAAGACUCCCCCGGAUAGACACGGGUCCUUAUCUCUCAGCCCGCCAGGUUUCUGUCUCUCCACCACGACUGAGAGACCCUUUGGUUCGACAUAUUCUGUUUAGGGCAUUGUAGUGCCCCUUCGGGAAUCAUGGCGACCAAAGCAAUGAUUCCGUUCCUGGUCACGAUGAUGCUCGUGACCGGUGUCUGCAAUACUAUCCUCAACAAGUAUCAGGAUAUGCAAUGUGUGCGAAACUGUGAUUCUCAGGAUCCUAGCGAUCGCCAUCUCUUUGAGCAGCCUGUUAUUCAAACGAUUCAGAUGUUCAUUGGAGAAAUGGGUUGCUGGCUCGUGGUCCUACUCUCAUAUAUUUACCAAGCAUUCAUCUCACCGCGCUUUUCGAAUCAAUCAUCCCCCCUUUUAGUCGGUGGCUAUCACCCUGUCGCGGAUAAUGAUGGCGUCGAUGAUGGCGUCGAGGAUAAUGCAGUUGAGGGGGAUGGGUUCCCCAAUGACCCUACAAAGCCUGCGCACGCGCAUGACGAGCGUAUACGGCUACAUGGCCGGAAGAUCUUUCUACUUGCUGCACCAGCAUGCUGUGACAUUGCAGGCACUACACUUAUGAACGUCGGUCUGCUCUUUGUCGCAGCAAGCAUCUACCAAAUGACACGUGGUGCGCUGGUACUCUUUGUUGGGCUCUUCAGUGUUCUGUUUCUCCACCGGAAACUUUAUUUUUAUCAAUGGGUUGCACUUUUCGUGGUCGUCCUGGGAGUUGCACUGGUUGGCCUUGCAGGUGCCCUCUUUGGUGACAGCCAGAACCACGAUAUCACACGAGAGGAUGCCAUGGCAGCUGUAGCGCACAUCUCGAUGCAAGCCCGCGCUCUUGCGAAGACCCCUGAAGCAGUUCAGGCCAUUAUCGAAGAAUGGAUCUUGGAACACUAUGCUAUGGAUCCUAUCCAAGUUGUUGGCUGGGAAGGCGUUUUCGGCUUCUCUGUAACUGUCAUCGGAUCGAUCAUCUUAUAUCUGUUCGUGGGACGCACGGAAGCUGGCCGCUAUGGAUACUUUGAUGUCAAGGAAGGAUGGCAUCAGGUAUCGAGUAACAGAGCUAUCGCUAUCUCCAGUGUCCUGAUUAUGAUCAGUAUUGGUGGCUUCAAUUUCUUCGGCCUCUCCGUUACCCGGUCUGUCUCCGCUACAUCUCGUAGCACAAUUGACACUUGCCGAACACUCUUCAUUUGGCUCGUCUCGUUGGCGCUCGGAUGGGAAUCCUUCAAAUGGCUUCAGGUAGCCGGGUUCGCAUUACUCGUGUAUGGAACCUUCCUUUUUAACGACAUUGUACGCCCACCGCUCAAGGCAUGUCUUCCUCAUGAAGUGAGGGAGAGGGAACUGCUGCUACCAGAGGAACCGAUUGAGCAUAUCUAAAUUUAGAGAACGGGACAUGCUAUUAGCAUCUCAACAUCCCCACACCCAUGUCUUAGGCUCACGUUAUCUUGCUUAUCUUACUUUUGGAUGCAUGGUUGGUAUAAACUAUUGGCGUUGCAGGCUUUCGAGUCGUCUUUAUUCUCUUUGGCUUUUGGUUUCUAUGAAUGGUCUCAUCUUAUAUAGAUGAACUUGGCUUGCUUUCUCGGACUUUGUAUACAUUUGUACUUGGAUCUUAUCUAUGAACGCUGAAAGGUAAAGGUAGAG